CAGAAGCCAGGUCUGCCUGAGAGCCUGGUGAGUCGGCGCCGAUUUCAAAGGGCCUGGUAGAGGAAGAGACGGUGAACCUGCAGAGACAAAGGGGAGAGGGAGAGAAGCCCCUCUCCUCCCCUCGGCCAGGGCAGCAUGGGCAACAUCUGCCCGAGGCUCUGGGAGUACCUGAAGCCCUGUCUCCCCUGCUUUGUCCGGGAGGCAGGCAAGCCGGUGGCGCCCGAGGUGACGACUGAGAACGCAGAGAGCCCCUGCCCCCCCGAGGCUCCCCGGCCACGGGGCUGCUACUUCGUGGCCCUGUUUGACUACCAGGCUCGGACUGCAGAGGACCUGAGCUUCCACGCGGGUGACAAGCUCCAAGUCCUCGACACCUCCCCCGAGGGCUGGUGGUUUGCCAGGCACUUGGAGACCAGGGCAGCCGGCUCUGGCCAGCGUCUGGAGGGCUAUAUUCCUUCUAACUAUGUGGCCGAGGACAGGAGCCUGCAGGCGGAGCCGUGGUUCUUUGGAGCAAUCAAGAGAGCAGAUGCAGAAAAACAACUAUUAUAUUCAGGAAAUCAGACGGGUGCCUUUCUAAUCAGAGAAAGUGAAAGCGAGAAAGGAGGUUUCGCCCUUUCAGUUUUAGUUGAAGGGGUUGUGAAACACUACAAAAUCAGACGACUGGAUGAAGGAGAAUUUUGCCUCACUCGGAGAAGAACCUUUAUAACACUGAGUGAAUUCGUGAGCCACUACACCAAGAUAAGUGACGGCCUGUGUGUCAAGCUGGGAAAACCUUGCUUAAAGGUACAAGUCCCAGCUCCUUUUGAUUUGUCAUAUAAAACUGUGGACCAGUGGGAGAUAGACCGCAACUCUGUCCAGCUCCUGAAGCGAUUAGGAUCCGGCCAGUUUGGCGAAGUGUGGGAAGGCCUAUGGAACAAUACCACGCCAGUCGCAGUAAAAACGUUAAAACCAGGUUCAAUGGAUCCAAAUGACUUCCUGAGGGAGGCACAGAUAAUGAAGAGCCUAAGACAUCCAAAGCUUAUCCAGCUUUAUGCUGUUUGCACUUUAGAAGAUCCAAUUUAUAUUAUUACAGAGUUGAUGAGACAUGGAAGUCUGCUAGAAUAUCUCCAAAAUGAUGCUGGAUCAAAAAUCCAUCUGACUCAGCAGGUAGACAUGGCGGCCCAGGUUGCCUCUGGAAUGGCCUAUCUGGAGUCUCAGAACUACAUCCAUAGAGAUCUGGCUGCCAGAAAUGUCCUUGUUGGUGAACAUAAUAUCUACAAAGUAGCAGAUUUUGGACUUGCAAGAGUUUUUAAGGUAGAUAAUGAAGACAUUUAUGAACUUAAACACGAAGUAAAGCUGCCAGUAAAGUGGACUGCACCUGAAGCCAUUCGUACUAAGAAAUUCAGCAUUAAAUCCGAUGUGUGGUCAUUUGGAGUCCUUCUUUAUGAAAUCAUUACUUAUGGCAAAAUGCCUUAUAGUGGCAUGACAGGUGCUCAAGUAAUCCAGAAGCUGAGUCAAAACUACAGACUCCCGCAGCCACCGAACUGCCCGCCGCAGUUCUACAGCAUCAUGCUCCAGUGCUGGAGCGCAGAGCCGAGGGAACGGCCGACGUUCGAGGCCCUGUGCUGUGAACUCGAGGACUAUUUUGAAACAGACUCUUCGUAUUCAGAUGCCAACAACUGGGUCAAAUGAACAGCGAAGGAGAGAAUGGAAUCAUGAAGCAGAAAUGAAGUUCAAUAAUCGGCCCAGAGACACAGCCUUAUUAACCAGCUGCGAAAUGAGUUUAUCUUGACAAAUUUAAGUGAUAGGGUCAAUCUGGCCACGUAUUAUGAAAAAAUUAUGUGCACAUUUUAUUGACUGGGUAACACUUCAGGACAGUCUAAGGUGGCCUAUCAUUUUCUCACUGCCUGGCAAAAUCAAACACACUGAACAAAGUGAUUUUUCUUUUUAAAAGAUACUUACAUUUCUAUUUAUUAUUUGAAGUGCUGAUCAAGAGGAUCAACAAAUGAUAGGCAAUUUUUGCUCAGUGGCUGUUGUAGCAUUUUCCUGUUUACUGGUUAAAGUGGUUACUCAUUACUCCUCGGAUCGCUGAAUCCCAUCAGGCCGUUAUUAUGAAGGAAUGUGAUUGCUUUGCUGCACAGCAGGACCUGUGCUUUGAGAUUUUUUUUCUUCUCUUUUAAAAUAUCCUGCAACUACAAUGAUGCUAAAGCCAUGUUAAAUGACUUGAUUGUACUUGGAGUAAUUGCACAUAUUUUUUCUUGUAUGUAAAAAAAUGAGGCAGCUGUUGAGAAAAAGAAUUAAAAUUUCUCUCAUUUUGU